CCAGCCUCUUGGGUGACAUGUUCCCCAUGCUGUCGGUAAUUGAUGAAAUGGCAGAAGAAGGGCUCAUUUUCUGGGGACUUGCCCGAAGGCGCACAGGCACCCUGAUCAUGGCCAUAUUGGCUUCUGGAAUACUUGCAGGUGAGACUCCACCACACCUUGACUUGGGGUCUUGGACUCAGGGGGAGAUAAACCUUUCAAAAAAUCCUGCUGGGUUUAAGUCAGGAGAGAGAUGAAUGAGACUGUCUGAUGUUGGAUGAGUAGGGGCUGCCGUUAGUACUGCCUUGUGCCGCUAAUGCAAGUACCAGCCAGACCAGAACUUCAGCAAGAAGGAGAAAGUAGAGGAGGAAAUUCAACUGAAGCAUACAGCUGAAGAAAGUCCUUUGGGAUCUGUACCUGAAGCAGGAACCUCAAACCCUCUAAAGAGUCUGUGGGAGCCUGUCAGCCCCACCCCCACUCUGAAAUCUGGCCAGAUGGUCUAUGGAUGCGCCUUCCUGCUGGUUCUCCUGCUGACCAUCCUGGGCCUGUUUCUGGCCCAGUGGCCCAGCCGCGUGUUCUCUGGAGACCCCGGGUUCACAGCAGGGGCUGUGCUGCUGCUGCUGCUCAUUGCGGGGAUCACUGCCAUCAUUUGGAGGCAGCCCCAGAACCCCUCUCCUCUUCCCUUCAGGGUCCCUGCUCUGCCCGUCCUCCCAGUGCUGAGCAUCUUUGUGAAUGUCUACCUGAUGAUGCAGAUGUCCUCUGCGACCUGGGCCCAGUGUGGCAUCUGGAAUGCCCUUGGACUUGCUAUCUUCUUUGAAUAUGGGAUCCGACACAGCUUGGAGGAGAAGAGGGAUCCACAGCCACCAGCCUCCAAUUUCCAGACUCUGGAUGAACACACCCCUGGUGCUGAAUCCUCUUAACCGUAGGAAGUAGAUGCUGUGUGUGUUUCCCUUCAAACACGGGAGGUGUCUUGUGGUUCAAGGGACACUGUGAUCCUCUGUGGGGUAUGAGUGGGUUGCAUUUAGAGCCCUGUUUUCAUUGACAGAGGACUGAAUCACUUUAAUAUUGUAUAAUUUUUUUCUGAAAUUUUAUUUUUAUUUUUUACAGAAUAAAAUACAUACAUUUAAACACAAUUACAUUCACACAGAUUAUUAUA